AUGCAAGCUGCUCUAGAUAUUGUUGUUCCAUAUGUACAUACACGUAAACAAUUUGGAGAGCCAAUAGGACAUUUCCAAUUGAUCCAAGCAAAAUUAGCUGACAUGUAUACUAAACUCAAUGCUUCUAGAUCAUAUGUAUAUUCAGUGGCCAGGGCAUGUGACAGUGGUCAUAUUUCUAAUAGGGAUUGUGCUGCUGUCAUAUUGAAUGCAGCUGAACGAGCCACAGAAGUCGCAUUGGACGCUAUACAAUGUCUUGGUGCGAAUGGAUAUAUAAAUGAUUAUGAUACUGGUCGUAUUCUUAGAGAUGCUAAAUUGGAAUUCAACAAAGAAUAUAAAAAAAAUUAA